CUUACAGAAAAACCACAAUCAUCGCCACACUGUCCCCGCAUGCACGGCUACUUUGCCCACGAGGACCCCAGGAACUGUAAUACCUUCUACUACUGCGUGGAGGGCAAGUUCAACAUGAUCACUUGUCCGGAUGGUCUGGUCUUCUCCGAGAAGACCGGCAUCUGCAACUGGCCGGACGAGGCGCAGAAGAAGGGCUGCGGCUCCCGCGAACUCUUCAACUUCACUUGCCCGAAGGUCGACGACUCGGUGGCCGCGACGCAUCCGCGUUAUCCCGACGCCGAGGACUGUCAGUACUUCUACGUGUGUGUCAACGGUGAGAUACCGAGGCGAAGCGGAUGCAAACUCGGCCAGGCGUUCGACGAACGCACCGGAAAGUGCGACUGGGCCAGAAAAAUUCCCGAAUGGUACGAAUUAUAUAGUAGAAUUUUCCCAUUUUCUUAUAAUUUUCUUAAUUUUCUUAUUAAGGAUAAGAAUAAUUCUAAAUAUCGAUGAUGUGUUUGGCUUAGAAAAUGA